UUGGAGAAAAGGAGGAAACUAAGUAGCAGAAUAAGCCAAAUUAUUUACUCCUGCUUGUUUUUUCUGAGUCCUAUUUAAUAUUAAAGAUCUUAAUAUCUGGAGAUUCUUGCAGAAGCCAGGCUAGAAAGAUUAUUUUCCAGGGCAGUUAUGCACAUUUAUCUAUGCACAUGGGGCUUAAGAGAAGCACCUGGGCAUAGAGAAAAAAAGAUAUUAAGAACAACUGAUAAUGUCUAUUGAUGCUUACUGCCACGUAUACAUUUCCAAAGGGUUUUGUGUUGGUGAACCAUCUAUCUUCUGCAGGAUGGAAUCUACAAUGGAAGAACACAAGGACAAUCAGCUAGACUAUGAGUCAGAGAAAGUGGAAAUCUUAAGACUGGUCCAGUCAAAGAGGAACAUUAACAGUUUGAACAUGGACCUUGAAAGGGAUAUGCAGAGAAUAGAUGAAGCAAAUCAGGAACUGCUUCUCAAAAUUCAAGAGAAAGACAAUGAGAUUCAGAGGAUGGAAGGUGAGAUUGCUCACACCAGAGACUUGGCUGAAGAUGAAGAAUGGGAAAAGGAGAACCACACCAUGAUAGAGAGGGAAAAAGCCUUGCAGGAGCUGGAAGAAGAGACAGCCAGACUUGAUAGGAAGAAUGAGACUCUGGUCCACAGUAUAGAAGAACUUCAAAGAAAGCUUACAAGGAAAUCACAUAAGGCAACCAAGUGUGAACAAGAAGAUCUAAAAGGAACCCCAGAAGAGUCAAAGGCUAAGUUAAAACAGCUGGAAGCUUCCUGUGCAGACCAAGAGCAAAAGCUGACCAAGGUAAUGGAAGACUAUACAUUUGUGGCACAGCUCUGUGAAGAUCAGGCCCUCUGCAUAAAGAAGUACCAGGAAACUCUGAGGAAAAUGGAAGAAGAACUAGAGACUCGGUUCCUUGAGAGAGAAGUGUCAAAAGUCUUGAGCAUGAAUUCUGCAAGAAAAAAGUGUAACAGCCAAAAUAAUAAGGAUAAUUCUCUCCAAAACAAGGGAACUUGGUUCUGUAAAAGGUUUUUUCAAUAUGUCUUUUCCACCACCCUAUUUUUCAUCAGACUGCUGGGCUACUUGUUUUUCCACAUAUGUUUUAUAAAUCCAGAUCUCCUUAUCAACACACUGCCCAAGAUAUUGAGCAGGGGCAUCCUGUGGAAGCUAAGAUGCUUCCUCUUUCCAUCUCUCACACUUGAGACAGAGGACAUGUUACCCCACUGAUACAUAAGAAAUAACCUUGAGCAAAAGAAGACAAGUGGUGUCUGAGUCUGUAGACUAAGAGACGGCGGAAUUUGCGGAGGGAAGAGGUAUCCUUCAGCUCUUCCCUUCAGGUCUGUCUACUUGAUUAUCUUCCAUCUCCAGUUGUCUUUCCAAGAUUGAUCUUGCCCAGUAGAAAGCUCUGUCAACAGAUUUCUAGGACUACAGGAUAAGCUAAAUAGCACAAGACAGUAAACAAACUAGACUAUUUGGGAAACAAUGUCACAGAUGCUCAGCAAAGUUAGAAUUGAUAUAUUCUUCUAGAAAAUCUUUAAAAUCUGAGAGACUGGAUCCCUGCAAUGCAGAAAAUUGCUCACUACUUAUAUUAGAUCUCUUUGGUUAUAAGUGACCUUAACUUAAGCUAAUUUGUAAAUUCACAGAAAAAAAGGGGGGGGGGGCAGGG